AUGAGAGGGCUGAAGGAGGAAUGGGGAAACAUAGGGUCAGGAGAUACUGAAAAUGUUGCAUUAAAUAUGUCAUCUAAAUCGAAAGGAAAUCCUAAGGAUUGGCCUGUAUUGUGUGUUCAUGGAAUUCAAGACAAUGCCAACACAUUCGACCAUCUUAUACCACUUUUGCCAUCAUCUUUCUUCUAUGUGUGUGUAGAUCUUCCUGGCCAUGGGUUUUCAUCUCAUUUUCCUUCAGGACUUGUACUAGAUUUCUUUGAUUAUGUACUAGUGUUAAAAAGGGUAGUAGACUAUUUUGAGUGGAAAAAGGUUGCGUAUAUGGCACAUAGCUUAGGAGCUCAGUUGGGAACAUAUUUUUCAGUAAUUUUUCCAGAGGUUGUUGCAAAAUUAAUUAUGCUUGAUGCUGUUGGACCAUUCUGUAUACCAACAGAACAAUUUUGGGAAAAGCAUAGAACUCUCAAUAAAGGUUUAUGUGAUUUAGAGCAGCGUAUGCAGGAACGAGCUGCACCUAAAUAUUCAUAUAAUGAAGCUGUAACCAGAUUAACACAAAAUAGGUUUUCAAACCUAUCUUAUGAAAGUGCUGAAACGUUAGUGAAACGUUCUCUUAUUAGAAAUGAUGAGGGAUAUAGUUAUUCAACAGAUCAGAGGCUAAAGUUAACAUUAUGGGCAAAUGUAGAUGCAAAAACUCAAAUUAGUACUCUUGCAAAAAUUCAGUGUCCUCAGUUAUUAAUAAUCGCUAGUGAAUCGGCCCCGUUUUUCAAGAUGCCAUUUUUCAAAAAUAUUAUUUCUGUUUACAAAAGGAAAUAUAAUUUUACAAGUCAUGUAGUAAAAGGGAAUCACGAUGUUCAUCUUGAUCAUCCAGAAAGAGUAGCUAACUUGAUAUCAAAAUUUCUCAAAUUUAGCAAAAGCUCUUUGUAAGUAGUUUUGUUAGUGUUCAAAGCUAUGAAUGUAGGUUUAUCAAUUGCUUUAUGUAGCUAUAUAUAAAGGUUGUAUUAAACUUAAAAUACAUUUGCUUAAAUUUAUUGUCUGGUUGGCAACUCUUUUGAAUGUUGCUCUAACCACAGAACACCAAUAAGUUUUAAUAAGCAAGAUUCAUAAAUAUUGCAUACAGCAAAUUUCUGUUUUCUUUUCUAACAUAUAAACUUCUUUUAUUGAACUGUGUUUGGGAAGGGAAUUGAAACUACAAAAUCACAAGAAAUAAGUAUUGUUCAUUUGCAUUCAAGUUUUUUGCUUUAAAAUUUUGAUUUAUUUUGUACAAUAAGAAAUUUUUCGGUUUUCAAAUCCUGUUUUGCAUUGAGAUAGGGAAAAGUUAUGGAUAUGUUCACAUCAUCUAUUUUUCAAUUUAAUUCUGGCUAAUAUUUAAAAUAGUUUUUUCUUGUUAUGAUUAUUCAUCACCUAAAACAAAAAUAAAAUGUACAUAAAACAAUAAAAUCUGUCGUAGACUCACAGGGCUGAAUUUUAAUACCCUUCCGGCAUUCUGCAAACAAGAUGAGAGUAAGGGUAGGUGCCAUUUUAGCCAAAUGAUACACAUUAGACAGAUUUUACAGAGCUUUAACAAAGUUUGAUUUAUAAAAGAGAUAUUUCUUGUAGUUUCAAAUUCUAUUCAACAUUGUUCAAUUCACUUAUAAUUUUAGGAAAUUGAUAAAUGAAUUGCAAAUUAUGUACAUGCAAGUAUGUUCUUGAAUUAAGGGAGCUGAAGAAUGGCAAGGAGAGUUUAGAAGGAAACAUUUACCCUUAUUCACAUCUUGCCUUUUGAUAUGGUUUAGUUUAAUACAAAAUUUUCACUGUGUAAACAGUAUGAACUUCAAAAAGGUCAAAACAUUUUUUUCACAUUUCAAAAAAUGUGAUAGAAAUAGAUAAGUGUAAUAAGUUGAAUUGGAAAAACUUAUUCAUAAAUACUUACUUAUCUCCGUAAUAAUAGUUGGUUUGUGGUAUGAAUUAACAGUAGGCCAGAAUUUAGGGAGAGAAAAAAGUAUUUUCAUAAAAAAAUCGAAGCCCAAAUUGACUGUCUGGCCUUUUCUUAGACCUUACUACAAAUCUCAAGUACAGAAGCAUACAAUUCUUUAGCAAUCUCUAAAGCUUUCAGGAAUUCCAAAAUAACUUAUGUUUUGUUUAGAAUGUAUGAGUUUGACAAAAUAAAAUUUGCGGUAUACAUUUGAAAUAUGAAAAGGGGGGGGGGGGGGGUCGUUGAAGUUGACUGCACCCCAUUUAGGGGGCAAUAGGCAUGUGAGUAUAUGAGUUGAUAAACUCAAGAAAUGAAAGUAGAAAUUAAAAAAAUUCUUUGUGCUGAAUUCUAUGUGUAUUAACAUUUUAACAAUGGCCUCCUUGUGUUGAAAAAUAUUGCAUUAUCUGGAAUUGCAAAUAUUACACAUUGUUUUUACAUAUAAAUGAACAAUUGAUUUAUUAAACAGAUAUUAUUAUCAAUUAUUGUUAGAGAGCUCUUGUCACCGUAUGUCAAUAAGUUCAUCUGAUCAAGAAUUAAAAAUACUUUAUCUCCAAUGGCACAUUUGCAAAUCAAAUUGA